GCCCAGUGUGGAAAACGAGAGAAGGCCCAAUGGUGGUUUGGUCCAAUUGCGAUACAACAUUUUCCAAUAGGAGGGACUAACUGAGAAGAAGUGAAGUGAAAAAGCAGAGAGGAGAAGAGAAGAGAAAGUCGCAUGGCAUCGACGGCAGCUUACCUUGCUCGGCGCGCGGCGCAGAAGGAGAGGGUUCGGAUCCUGUACCGCCGGGCCCUCAAAGACACUCUUAAUUGGGCCGUGCAUCGCCACCUCUUCUACAACGACGCUGAAAUCCUCCGCGACAGGUUCGAGGAAAACAAGCACGUGGAAGAUCCUGAUACAAUUGAUAGGCUCAUAGCGGAUGCUGAAGCCUCCUACAACAAGUGGCGUCAUCCAGAUCCUUACAUUGUUCCUUGGGCGCCUGGUGGUUCCAAAUUUACUCGCAACCCAGCUCCACCUCAAGGGAUUGAGAUCGUUUACGAUUAUGGCCGUGAAGAUAAUAACUGAAAUUUGAAUUUUUUCUUACCACCUUUGUAAUGAAUAAAGGUCUCUGCAAUCAAACUGUUCUGUGGGUUGUAGAUUAAAAAUCACCCUCAUCUACCGUCAUGUGAUGAGCAUAAGCUGAUACAGAUUUAGUCCACCCAUGCCUAUGAUGUUGAAAAAUUUGACCACCUCCGAAACAGAUUGUACUUGGAUCAUUGAAUGUUUUAAGAUUCUGUUAUUAUUGAUACAUGUUAGUGCUUUUCAUUUGCAUAAUUCAUCUAAAUCUGAAUUUUGGUCU